AAGAUGUGUUGGCACUCUUGACUGAUCACCAUCUCUAACAUCUCUAAGUAGGAAAGGAGGAGGAAUAAUUUGAUAUAAAUAUCUGCGGAAUAAAAUAAUGGUUGGGCGAUCUGGUCUACAUAGAAUUGGGACAAAUCUACUAAAGAACCAUUCGGGAUCGAGCACAGGUCUAACCUGGCAGGGAUGGAGGAAAUGUAGUUCUACCAUUCCAACUACAAAGUCAGCUCCAGUUGCUGCUGAGAGUAAAUCAUCAACUCAGCCUCCACUAACACAUUCAUUACCAGGUCUUCCAACUCCAGUAUAUGCAACAUCGAAAGACAAGCAACAUUUUACGCAAGUAACAACAUUAAGCAAUGGAUUACAAGUUGCAUCAGAGAAUCGAUUUGGACAGUUCUGCACAAUUGGAGUUGUUGUUGAUUCCGGGUCAAGAUAUGAAGUGGCAUAUCCUAGUGGUGUUUCACACUUUCUAGAAAAAUUGGCAUUCAAUUCUACAACGGAGUUCCCAGACAAAGACAAGAUUUUGCUUGAGCUAGAGAAACAUGGUGGUAUUUGUGAUUGUCAGUCCUCAAGAGACACAUUCAUAUAUGCAUCAUCAGCUGACAGGCGAGGUAUGGAUGCUGUGGUGCGAGUACUUGGUGAGGUUACUCUUCGGCCUCAGAUUUCUCUAAAGGAGUUGGCUAGCGCCCAGCAGGCCCUGAGGUUUGAACUUGAGACGUUAUACAUGCGACCAGAACAAGAGCCUAUUCUUAUGGAUAUGAUUCAUGCGGCUGCAUACCGAGAUAAUACACUUGGGCUGCCAAAGAUAUGCCCAGAAGCGAACAUAUUGAAAAUUGAUCGUUCAUUGCUAUUCACUUACCUGAAACACCACUACACCCCAAAACGCAUGGUGGUCACUGGAGUUGGGGUGGACCACGAUGAGCUGCUGACGAGUGUACGCAAGUACUUCGUGGAUAUGAAGCCAAUAUGGGAGGAAGAUACGGACCUGGUUGUACCCACGCUUAACAUGCAAGUUGAUGAGUCAAUUGCACAGUAUACUGGAGGGAUUAUACAGGAAGAGUGUGCAAUUCCUCUGUAUGCUGGAAUGUCUGGGCUGCCAGAGCUGGCUCAUGUGGUAAUUGGCCUCGAAGGAUAUUCUCACCAAGAUCCUGACUUUAUACCAAUCUGUGUUCUUAACAUGAUGAUGGGGGGAGGGGGAUCCUUCAGUGCAGGAGGCCCAGGGAAAGGCAUGUACACUCGGCUGUACACCAAUGUUCUUAACAGGCACCACUGGAUGUUUAGUGCAACUGCAUAUAACCAUGCCUACAUGGAUACUGGUUUGUUCUGCAUACAUGCAAGCUCACCACCUGCAAAUGUGCACGAAAUGGUGGAAGUUAUUGUAAAGGAACUGGUCAACAUGGCUGGAGCCUUGGGAGAGCCAGAAUUACAGCGGGCCAAGAGACAACUUCAGUCCAUGCUACUAAUGAAUCUUGAGGCUCGUCCUGUUGUGUUUGAGGAUAUAGCUCGACAAGUAUUGGCUACUGGUCACAGGAAGAGGCCAGAGCAUUUUAUAAAAGCAAUAGAGAAUGUGACUGCAGAAGAUAUACAUCGUGUGGCAAGGCAACUGCUGAAGUCACAACCCUCAGUCGCAGCCAGAGGAGAGAUACGUAAACUUCCAUCCAUGUCUGAUAUUCAGUCUGGAUUACUGGAUCAUGAGGGCAGAUUGCCUGGAAAGAGAGGGAGGCUGUCGCUCUUCCGAUGAAUUUGUUUGUGUAAGUAUAGAGCUGGAGUUAAUUUGAAAUCUCUAAACAAACUGAUUGGAUGUAACAACACAUUUAAAAAUCAAUUCUGUUAGUAUAUUUUCCUUGGAUCUACAUUCGAGAUUAUUGAAACCAUUAUUGUGUAUAUACAUUCGCUGCAGGAAUAAACUGUAUUCCCACUGAA